UCCUUUCCCAACGCCUUCUCUCCAUGCAUUAUAAAGAGCCCUAACGCGGUGGAAAAAAGGGCGAGAAAAAAGCGGUCGACUCCGCCGGAGGUGGACUCGAGGCUCUACCAGUCGGUGAUCGGUGCUUAAAGAUUUAUCAGCAUGUCUUGGUGCACUAUUGAAUCUGAUCCUGGUGUUUUUACUGAACUGAUACAACAGAUGCAAGUAAAAGGUGUUCAGGUGGAGGAAUUGUAUUCACUAGACCUCGACUCCCUGAACAAUUUACGGCCGGUCUAUGGGCUGAUAUUCCUUUUCAAAUGGCGACCUGGUGAAAAAGAUGAACGGGUCGUAAUAAAGGAUCCAAACCCAAAUCUAUUUUUUGCCAGCCAGGUUAUUAACAAUGCUUGUGCAACCCAAGCAAUCCUUUCUGUUCUGAUGAACUGUCCAGAAAUAGAUAUAGGCCCAGAAUUGUCGAUGUUAAAAGAAUUCACCAAGAAUUUCCCACCGGAACUCAAAGGCCUGGCUAUCAACAACAGUGAAGCUAUACGAGCAGCACACAACAGCUUUGCAAGACCUGAGCCUUUUGUCCCUGAAGAGCAGAAAGCUGCAGGGAAAGAUGAUGAUGUAUACCAUUUCAUAAGUUAUAUACCUGUGGAUGGCGUUCUGUAUGAGCUUGAUGGGCUGAAAGAAGGCCCUAUCAGCCUUGGGCAAUGCCCUGGUGGACAAGGAGACAUGGAUUGGCUACGGAUGGUGCAACCAGUGAUCCAGGAACGGAUUGAUCGAUACUCUCAAAAUGAGAUAAGGUUUAACCUUUUGGCGAUUAUAAAGAACAGGAAGGAGAUGUAUACAGCUGAACUGAAGGAGCUCCAGAAGAAGAGGGAGCAUCUUCUGCAGCAAUUGAAUGAUCAUAUGAUUACAGGUAACAAGCAAAGUUCUGCUGUUGAGGCAAUAAAUAAAGCACUUGCGGAGGUGGCCUCUGGGAUAGAAAGUGCAACCGAGAAGAUAAUAAUGGAGGAGGAGAAGUUCAAGAAAUGGAAAACAGAAAACAUACGGAGGAAGCACAAUUACAUUCCAUUCUUAUUCAACUUUUUGAAGAUUCUUGCAGAGAAGAAACAAUUGAAACCUCUGAUUGAGAAGGCGAAGCAAAAAUCAUGUAGUCCUAGAUGAAGAUUUUGUGAUCCGGGAUUCUCCAAAUGACAAAAUGUUACUAAUGGAUGCUACGAAAGUUGUACCAGUCUCUCCUUUUUUUCUGUUGGGCAGUCUUAUGGGAAAGGUUGAGAUUGCAGGAUAUUCUUGUUAGAAUGUUUAUUUAUCCACUCAGAGAACUAAAUCACUUGUUAUCCCUGGCACAUUUAGGUCUAUGAACUUAAGCCAAUCCAAGUGGAUUCUAGGAGUUUCUGAAACUGUUAUAAAUAUAUACCAGCUACUUAAUGAAUCCCCGCCAAAACCGUUGCGACGGCCAUUGUUUGGUAUGGCAAUUCUUU